UACACAUCAUAGAUAUAUGGGUACACAUCCAUGGUAAUUUCAUAAACCAUAAUCUUCUAUCACGGAUUCAAGGCUUCUUACCCUCAUUCCAUAGGAGGCCAUUGUCUCCAAGGUUUUACAUCGCCUUGGAGAAACCCUGAUUCUGCCCUGAUUUUGCUAGCCUUGAAUUUUGUCUUUCCUUUUAAAGACCUCAAGACCUCCCCCCCCAUUCCUUUUCUCCCCUUGGCAUCAACAAACGUACUGUUCUCCAACGCGAACGCCCACUCCAACAGGACACGAACAGGCCCCGUCGCACACCCCUGCUCCUCAUAAUCCAACGUAAUCGAGAACCCUUGUUCAGCUGCCCCGCGAUCGCGUCACAGUACCUACCGAGUACGUCGUCCAAGAUGGGUUUCACAAUGACUUCGAGCUAUGUGGCGUUCGCCGUAUUACAUUUCAUCCUAUUCGUCCUCGCCCUUGCCGUCAUAGGGCUCUACGGCACCGACGUCGACCGCGCCCGCAAGCACGGCGUUGAUGCUGACGGUAAAUGGGUCUUCGCGCUCGUCGUUGCUAGUCUCUCGGCACUGACCACCGCCAUUUAUCUCAUUCCCUCCAUUUUUCGAUCCGUCGUCGUGCCGAUAUGGAGCUUCAUCAUCUUUGUUCUCUGGAUCGCCGUCUUCGGCUUAUUCGGUAGCAUGUACAUCCAUGAAGACCCUGAGGGCAACAUUGAUAUCCAGCGUAUGAAAAACGCCGUUUGGGUCGAUCUUGCAAACGCACUACUCUGGCUCAUUGCCACUGGUGCCGCUUUGGGAUACUGGAUCUAUCAUCGCAACCGCAACACACGUUUCACCGGCCGAGCGCAGCUAUAAUACCACAUCCAUUAUUUUGAUUCUCGAGGAGGCUCUAUGGAAGGCGGGAUAUGAUCAGCAAGAUGCGGCGCACGUUGGAAAGGCGUUAUACGGUGGCCUGGGUGCAAUAUUAGGCCUUUGGGUAGUUUCCUAGGCGCCCAAAGCAACACCGAAAAAUAUUAGGUUAAUGUCAUGCUAUUGCAUGGUACAGGGAGAAACAAAGUUCAAGAGCUUACUUUGGAAUUAUCUAGUACAGUAAUCAUAAUUAAUUUUCCUCGCCCAGAAUCAAAUUAUGUGUUCAAUGAUGUAACCAGCUAGGUAUCCCAGACGUUUUGAAGAACUACCCAGGCGAGCCAGUUAAUAGGGAAAAACUUCGGUAGUGUAGUCAUAUUAUGUACUUAGGUAUGCUAGUAUGUGCUACACUACCUACUUCGUAGACAAUUAUAGUGACGACGGGGUCAGUUUCGAACCCUGAACCCUGAAGCUGAGGAAGCACGAGAGAAACCGUGUACGGGGCCAUCGUCAUUAUCACUGUUACUAUCACUAUCACCAUCACUACCCUCCUCUGGUUCCUUCUUCCCUUCCUGCUCCUCCAACCCCUAAACAGUAGUCCAAACUCACCGUUGGCUAUAUAGUACAUAUAACAUAACAGGAUGCUAUGAUCUCGGAGUGUGGAUAUGUGGUGGUGUCGUGUUUUAAUCAAC